UGUGUAUGAUAUAACCGUAUAGCCGUGUUGGUAUUAUUCCGAGAAAGUUAGCAUCUUCCAGCAAUUUUCCCUCCUCUUCUCCUACCCUCUCUCUUCACCCUCCCCUUCUUCAAGAAACACCCAACACUCUUUAUUGUUACAACACCUCCUAAACAACAACAAACAAUUGAAUUACAUUACGUCUCAAUCCAAUUACUAUUUUAAUCAAAUUCUGUGAUGCUUCGUAUCUUCCUCCACAAUAUCCGCCAUCGUCGAUAUCCCUUCUACAUUCGCCACCGCCGAUUUUCCUCCUCCACCCCGCCCUCCUCGUCUCAGUCAUCAUCUCCGUCGUCGAAUUCCAACCCGAAUCAUUCGCCGAUCAAAUAUGUCAAUUCCACCUCCACUCUCUCUCCUCUCUCCGCAACCACCACCGCCUCCUCCGUCUCCCGCACCACCCUCUCCCUCUCUCUCCUCUCCAUCCUCGCCGUAACUGGAACAACAUAUCUAUAUUAUUCCUCCGAACACGAAGGCGGAGGCGAUAACAUUCGCAAAAUCACCUCCGCAAUCGAGGCAGCAUUCCACCGAUCCACCGAGUCGACUCACCGGAUCAUCAAUCAAAUGAAGCAUACUGGUGCAGCUGCUGCCGUGCUAUGGCAGUCUCUUCAGUCGGUUCUUUCGUCUGCCAAUUACGAGGUUCGGUCCGGUUUUGAGUUUAGGGUUGCGGCGUUCUUGGCAGACAUUGCUGCUGCUAAUGCUGCUAGAAGGUCCGCCAUUGUUGCUGCUGGUGGUGGUAGGGUUGUUGAUUGGCUACUCGAGACGGUUGCCGGUGAUGUUAGUGGGACUCAAGCUGAGGCUGCUAGAGCUUUGGCUUACUUGAUUGCUGAUCCUCUUGUUAGGCCUCAGGUUUUUGGGAGGCCUCAUUCUGUUCCUUAUCUUUUGAGGUUCAUUUCUUCUUCUCAGCCUCAGCGCUCCAAGAAGAAUUCAAGAAUUUCUGAUUCUGUGAAAGGGAGGAGCAUGCUUGUUGCAGCAAUAAUGGAUGUUGUGACUUCCACUUGUGACAGCAAGGGCAAUGUCCGAUUCCAGCCAUGCCUUCCUGCAAAUGCUGAGAUGAGGGACAUUGCAUCAGCGAUUCAAGUAAUUGAAGGUGGUUUUUUGGAUGAUCCAAAUGCUGAAGAUGAUGAUGAUGGUGGGAAUGGAUUGAAGGGAAUUGGUAUCAAGGUUCUAGGAGGGACAACUGUAUUAGGACUUUCAAGAUCUAAUGGGCAUAUGAGUUAUGAUGAUAGUGAUAGUGUAACAACCAAUAAAUACGCUUCAAAAAACCAUGUUUACCAGAAAAGGCAUGAUAGCUACCUUGGAGAUGCGAGCUUGUCAUCUUCUGUAGUGCCUGGUCUCUGGGAUGAUUUACAUACUCAGCAUGUAGCUGUGCCAUUUGCUGCAUGGGCACUGGCCAAUUGGGCUAUGGCAUCAGAGGUUAACAGAUUUCAUAUUCAAGAAUUAGAUCAGGAUGGAAAUGCUAUCAUGACUGCCUUAGCAGCUCCUGAAAGAUCAGUGAAGUGGCAUGGGAGUUUGGUUGCUCAAUUGCUUUUAGAGGACAACAAUGUUAUGUUAAGUAAUUCUGUUUCAGACUGGAGUUCUUGUCUGCUUUCAACUAUAUCACAAGCUUGUAAAACUGAUGACAUACCUCUGGCACUGGUAGCUUUGUCUGCAUUUUUGCUUUCUGUUGAUAAGAGUUCGGGAGCCAAAAAGGUUGUUAUGGAGAAAGGUCUUGAUUUGAUGAGAGACACUGCUAAACAAACAAUUCACCAUAAGGAUAUUCAAGAAGCUCUGGCAAGAGCAUUAGAACUAAUAUGUACCAGUGAAAAUCGUUUAUCUCUUGAAGAAAGUCGUAAGUGGUCAGGUAUCCUUCUUCCCUGGGCUUGCGGAAAAUUUUCUUCUGAAAAGACACGAAAUUCGGCAACUAAAAUCCUUUCAUGCAUUCUUGAGGAUUUUGGGCCGUCUUCUAUCCCGAUUUCUCAAGGAUGGUUAACUAUUCUAAUAAAUGAAGUUUUGGACUCUACUAAGGCAUCAUCAGUUAAAGGAGCCUCCCAGCCGAAAAGCGACAAAGUGAAGACUCAAAUUGAUCAGUCAAAUAUUCAAUCUGGUAUACUAAUUGCCAGUCAGCUUGCAAAUUCUGUUGUUAAUCUAGCUGGAAAACAAUUGGGUAUUGCCGCAGAUCGCGGUGACUCAUUCCCCAUAGCUGACCUCCUGUCUCAAGAACCUUUCGCUGGAGCAUUUAAAAGCUUAAAUAAAGAUCGGAAUCCUAAAUGUGAUGCUGCUGACUCAGCAGUUGCAACCCUGAAGGGAAUCAAAGUACUAACUGAAAUUUGUGCAGAUGAUCUUGUUAAUAAAAACAAAAUUGUAGAUUCUGGGGUCUUGUGUUUGUUGAGGCGCUUUUUGCUAAGAGAUGAUUAUGAAAGCCUUGCUGCUAUUGAAGCGUAUGAUGCAUCAAGAGCUGGGGAGGGACCAGACCAGGCUAGUAAGGUCCUAGAUGAGUCAAAGGCAGAUACUAAUGGUCAAUCAAAGGUCCGAAUCCCACCAUCUACUCACAUCCGGAGGCAUGCAGGUAGACUACUAACUGUUCUUUCAGCAUUGCCAAAAGUUCAAAAAGUUAUUAUAGCGGAUGCAACUUGGUGUAAUUGGCUUGAAGAGUGUGCUAAUGGAAAGAUUCCUGGAUGCGAUGAUCCUAAGAUUCAAAGUUAUGCCAGAGCUACUUUGUUAAAUGUGCUUUGCCAUGAAAAACGGGACUCGGACACUGGAAGGAGUGGUGGUACUGGUACUGGUACUGGUUUUGUGAAUGAUAGUCCUGUAACUUGUGUUCAGCCCCGCUAUGAGGACAUGAUAUAUCUAAUCAAUCCUGAAUCACAGCACUGGAAAUGUCAUGACAGACCUGUAUCUCAGAAUUCAAAUGAACACUCUGGUGGUGAUAAUGACAUCAAUUUAUCUAGAUCCACAGAGGGGCAUGAGAAUUGUUCAGAUGUAGAAAACCCUGCAGUAGACAUUAUUUUUGUUCAUGGUCUACGUGGUGGGCCUUUUAAAAGUUGGCGCAUAUCUGAAGACAAGUCAUCAACCAAAUCAGGCCUUGUAGAGAAGAUUGAUCAGGAAGCAGGGAAACAAGGAACCUUUUGGCCAGGUGAAUGGCUCUCAGCUGAUUUUCCUCAUGCUCGUUUGUUUACACUUAGAUACAAGACAAAUCUUACUCAGUGGUCUGGAGCUAGCCUUCCUCUUCAGGAGGUCAGCUCAAUGCUUUUAGAGAAGCUUGUCGCUGCAGACAUUGGCAGUCGACCUAUUGUGUUUGUCACACACAGUAUGGGCGGGCUGGUAGUGAAGCAGCUGCUAUACCAAGCAAAGACAGAAAAUUUGGACAAUCUUGUUAAUAACACCGUUGGAGUUGUGUUCUAUAGUUGUCCACAUUUUGGCAGCAAACUGGCAGAUAUGCCCUGGAGGAUGGGCCUUGUGCUUCGCCCUGCACCUACGAUAGGGGAGCUAAGAAGCGGAUCUCCUAAGUUGGUUGAGCUUAAUGAUUUUAUGCGGCAACUUCAUAAAAAAGGGUUACUUGAAGUACUUAGCUUUUGUGAGACCAAGGUGACUCCAAUUGUUGAGGGCUAUGGAGGAUGGGCUUUCCGCAUGGAAAUAGUUCCAAUUGAAUCAGCAUAUCCUGGUUUCGGUGAUAUUGUGGUGUUAGAGUCAACUGAUCAUAUUAAUUCCUGCAAACCACUCAGUCGUGAUGAUCCUUCAUACACAGAGAUAUUAGAAUUCUUGCGUAAAGUAAAAGCUCAGCAUACGUGAAUUAAGGAAAGGAUAAGUAUUACAGUGUUUUGAGCCAUUCUGAAUAAUUCAUUUUGUACAUAGUUAUAGAUAGCUCCAUGAAUCUAAAGCUCAGUAGAAAACUAGAGAUGACUGAUAACUCAUGGUACGUUCUUUGAACCAAGUGAGCUUCUAUGAAUUUGGCAUCUUGGUGAAGGAACAUUUACAUUUAUUGCUAGUAGCCAAUGGGUGGCUUACUCUACGAGAAGAAUUUUCCGAUUGUUGCAGGGCUUUAUGCCCACCUUUAGGUUGGAACGCUCAUUCUGUUUCCUGUUACAUGAGUCUGGUUUCAGAUGUGGACAGUUGCCCUUUUAUUAGUUGUAUGUUGUAGAAUCAACAAUUAGCAUAGGAGUUGUAAAUGAAUAUUUAUAUACUACGUAGUAUGUUACAUUUAUAAGUCAUACUUGUGAAUUGUGAUUUCAUCACCUAAUCAUAUCAAUUAUCUGCAUAGAGUUGCAAAA